GGACACGCCGCCAACACAGAACUGCCCCUUCGUUCUCUCAUCCACCAAAUUCCAAGCCUCAGCUUUCGUCCCACCCGCAAUGCCUGCGGUAGUAGCUGCAUUCAAGAAUCUUAUCCGCAAGCACCAUCACCCCCAACAACGUCACCCCAGCCCCGACGAACAACAGGACGCUAUUCAGACAGCAACCUCAGCACAAGCAGAUCACCCCGCACCGUCCCCGACACCCGCCCCCGAGAUAGCCCAGGCUCAUGAUAUGACAGCUUCGGAAGAUCACAAGCCGAAGGUCAAGAUGCCCACCUACAAGGGUCUUGAAAAUUUCAAACUGUUGGAAAAGAUGGGGGAGUCAGUCGUUCGCAAGUUGGAGUUGAAUGCCUCUCAGGCUGGGGAGAAACACCUUAGUCCCCACUUUAAGAAACAGCCACGCGCGACAGAGCCCAUCAGAGCUGAUACAUUUGUAGAGGUGCAGAUUAUGCGGGGCAUUAACCAUCCAUCGAUUGUUAAGCUACUGUCGUUUUCGGAAUCACCGGAACACUAUUUUCUCGUCCUAGAAUUGAUGGACGGUGGAGAGUUGUUCCACCAAAUCGUCAAACUCACGUAUUUCAGCGAAAAUCUCUCAAGACACGUCAUUCUUCAGGUCGCUCAGGCCAUUCGGUACCUUCACGAAGAGCGUGGUGUUGUCCAUCGUGAUAUCAAGCCGGAGAACUUACUUUUUGAACGAAUACCCAUUAUUCCCUCCAAGAAUCCUGUACACAGGCCAUAUGACGAGGAGAAGGAGGACGAAGGCGAAUACGUCCCUGGUGUCGGUGGUGGCGGAAUUGGACGAAUCAAGAUCGCCGAUUUCGGACUAUCAAAAGUAGUUUGGAACGAAGAGACAAUGACACCGUGUGGGACCGUAGGUUACACCGCCCCCGAGAUCGUAAAGGACGAACGGUAUUCGAAAAGUGUCGACAUGUGGGCACUAGGUUGUGUGCUCUACACACUUCUUUGUGGUUUUCCUCCUUUCUACGAUGAAAGUAUCAACGUCCUUACAGAGAAAGUUGCAAGAGGAUACUACACCUUUUUGAGCCCAUGGUGGGAUGAUAUCAGCUAUUCUGCGAAGGACCUUAUCCAACACUUGUUAUGUGUCGAUCCUGCCCAGCGAUAUACCAUAGACGAAUUCCUUGCUCAUCCCUGGUGCACCGCUGCAUCAUCGCCACCCCCACCGCCAACACCCGCUGCAUAUCCUCGGGAACCUCUUGAUUCGCCGCUGCUGGCAGCCGCACGGGGCCUUGUCGAUGCACGCUCUCCUGGCCUGGCGUCAUUGAAAGAAGCGUUUGACGUUACGUAUGCAGUUCACAGAAUGGAAGAAGGAAGGUGCUCGACGGCUACAACUGCAGGUGCGAAAGUCGUUGCGGCACCCAGGACGACUCGUGGUUCCGUGAAUCCCGACGGGAACAUGGGAGUUGGUAGAGCCCAAAAGGAAUUCGAAUUAGACAUAGACAACGCCACUCUUCUUGGUCGUCGCCACAAGAAAAACGCUGGCGUCGCGGUGAGCACGACAAAUUUCAGUCCAUUAGCUCAGUCGGCGAUCUCGAUCAACCCUCUCCCUCCGGGUAGUCCAAUGCGCGUAG